CUUUUCUUAUAAUUGAACAUCUAUCAACUUCACAGCUUCAAAUUAGGGAUGGUGAAAUUAAUUUCACCAAUUCAACCAAAAGUGGUGAAACUAUUUCACCACUUAGUUUUAUUUUACCAGCACCUUUAAAAAUAAUUAUUAUAAUCCAUUUAUGA